AUGGCGUCCUCCUCGAAACCUCAGAGCUCCCUGCUCUAUUCCUGCAUCGCACACCGCACAACCAUCCUGGCCGAGCACUCCUCCCCAGGAUCAUCAUCCACAUCGGCCUCCUCCCUCGCAUCCGUCAUCCUGCCCAAGAUCACCCACGACAAGCCCCAGAAGUUAACUUUCACCCACGAACGCCUGUUCGUACACUACAUCGCCGACUCGCCAAAGGGCGGGUCCGCAGAUGAUAUAAAUGGACGCACCGAGCAAAACUCCUACGCACCUUUAAGCUACAUCGUAGUAGCAUCUGCCGAACAAGGCCGCCGCAUCCCCUUCGCCUUCUUGCUCGAAAUGAAGCGCAACUUCCUCUCCAAGUAUCCACCCGCCAGCACAGACUUCUCUCUGUUCCCAGCAUACGGCUGCGCAUCUUUCAACACAGACCUUCGCGCCCUGCUCCAGACAUACAACACCACUCCACCGGCAGACUCCCUGGCGUCUGCCCGCCGCGAGAUCGACAGCGUGCGCGACAUCAUGACGGAGAAUAUUGAGCGCGUGCUCGAACGAGGCGAGCGCAUUGAUUUGCUGGUCGAUAAGACUGACCGGCUGGGUGGGAGUGCACACGAUUUCCGCCUACGUAGUCGGGGUCUGCGUCGGCGGAUGUGGUGGAAGAAUAUUAAGUUGAUGGUGCUCCUUGGCUUUGUGGUAGUCUUCCUUCUGUACCUGUUCAUUGGGUUCGGGUGUGGACUGCCAGCUUGGUCGAAGUGUGUCGGACAUAAGAACAGCCAGUAA